AUGGUUCCGAAAUCCCUCAUCGAUAAAGAAAAGGGCGUUUCUUCUUCUUCAUCAAGUUCCGGAAUCCGUCUCCCCUCCUCGACCACACCUCUUUCCGGCAAUGAAACCCAAGCUCCAGAUCCUCGAUGGCCAAGUAAGUGCCGUUGGUCGGCGUCGCCUAAACCUCCGUCGACGGCUUCUAUUGCAAAAUUGAGUGUUCCUACGGCCACAGGUGAAGAUUCCUCACCUCUUGAGCCGAUAGUAUCUAGUGACUUGCCGGCUCUCACUCCAUCAGAAAGCUCAAAAGAUGGAACAAGCACAACUCCACUACUUGUCUCAACGACAGGGCUCAAUGUCUCAACACUCUCUGCUACUCUUCCAGAUUGUCAAGGAGCUUGGGCUCAACCUAUCAACAUCUCUUCAGACUCAUCGUUGAACACUACUUCCCAAGUAGUUAAUGGUGACAAAGCUGUUAAGUUAUGUUCACUAGAGAUGUGGCCGUCCUUGUGA